GCAGUCUGUCUGUGCGCAGGUGCGGGCUGCAGCUUUGGCCGUUUCACACUUGCGUGUGUGUCAAUGAGUUGCUGUCCGAGCUCCUUCCUGUGGAUUGGGAAACUGGCAUGAGGUCGGGUUGUGAGUAUUGAAACGAAUAACGUUUCAACAUCGAGACGGUAUUUUGAUCUAAGCAUCAAGCAGAUUUGUGCUGCGGCCGGCCUCUGGGUUUGUUUAUCAUGGCUGAAGGAAUGACAUUUAGACAGAUGUCAACAUUAUUUAUUUUUUCAGAAGUUCCACGAUUUGCGAGUAUUAUGAAGUAAAUGAGUUCGUGUGGCAUUUGUCGGCGAGAGUAAUUCUGUUGGUAUCAACCAACCAAAGAAUUUCAUAACAUUGACGUGUCAGAAGAAAGGGAGUCAUGGCAACGCCCCCAGUGCCUGGUGCUGGGGUGCCUGGAGCAUUUUCUGGACCCCAGGCCCAGGCUGGACGUGAAGUUAAUACAGCUUCCCUCUGUCGAAUUGGCCAAGAGACGGUGCAAGACAUUGUUUCAAGAACAAUGGAGAUCUUCCAGCUACUGAGGAAUAUGCAGUUGCCAAAUGGUGUAUCAUAUCACACUGCCACGCACCAGGAUAGGCAAGGGAAGCUGCAAGAACACCUUCGCCAGUUGUCUGUGCUUUUCAGGAAGUUGCGACUAGUAUAUGACAAAUGUAAUGAAAAUUGUGCUGGCUUAGAUCCUGUCCUGAUGGAGCAACUGAUUCCUUAUGUGGAAGAUGAUAGUACAAAACACGAAGAUCGUAGCUUGGUGAAUCAACUCCGCUUAGCAAAUGAAGAGAGGCGGGAAAUUGUAGAAGUAAAUAAGAUUUCAGUAUCGCCAUCAUCUGCCAUAAUGAAGCUGAUACCUUGAACCUUAAACAGAAAAACCAGCAGCUGAAGCAAAUAAUGGAUCAACUGCGGAACUUGAUUUGGGACAUUAAUGCAAUGCUAGCAAUGAGAAACUGAGUCCAACUAUUCAAUCUGGUAGUAUUUUGACUGAAUGUAUGCCAUUGAUGGCAAUAAUCAGAGUCAGCACUUGCUAGCCAAGGUUGAUAGCUGAUGUGCAGUUUUAAGUCUGUGAACAAAAAAAGUGCCCUGAUCUGCACAGAAAAUCUUAUCCAGAGCUGAAGGUCACUUUGUGAUACAGUAUAUUAAUUUUAGAAACAUAUUUAAUCUAUUUGUGUAGCAAACACCAGGUUAUCCAUGUUGACAAAGUACGGGGUAGAAACACUAAUCUUGCAGGGGAUUGGGUACAAUUCUUAAAGGGGAAUUGUGACUGCAUGUGAUAGCUCUUAUCUCUGACCCGUACUCCCAACCUGCAUAGCUGACAGCUGGGGCACAGGGUUAGUGUGUUUACCUCUUUUUUUUGUCUAAAACAGAUUUAUGUUUGCUUUUCCUUGAGAAUUCAUGUUACAUUUGUAGCUGAGUCUUUUGUUUCUUAGUGUCCCGAUUAUAUUUUAAAACCUGCAAUGUCCACUGCUGCUGUCUUUGAAACUGGACUUGCUCCACAACUUUUCAAGCUUAAAAUGAAUUUAAAGUAAUUCAAGCCUAAUCCAAGAAGAUUUCCAAUGCAUCACUCUAGUUGUAGAGCAAUCCGGAUCUGUAAAACACUCAACCCAUUCCCUUUACAUAGAAGUUCUGAUUUAUUGUAUUGUUCCAGUUCAUUCCUUUUAUAUAGAAAUUUUAAUCUUUUAAAAGACUUUUGGAAAAUUAGUUGUGAUUAUUGCCUUUAAAUUGCAAAUCUUUAUUUUGGUAAUUGUAUAUUUUACAUUGAUUUGUUCCAGGGUACUGUAAAAAAAUAUUUUGGAUAAUUUAAGGUCAGUUUUAUGAAGUAAUACGUAGAAGGUAUUUUUGUUUUUGGAAAAGUGUGAGCAGCUAUGAACAACAAUUUCACGCACCCACAGAAAGUAAUUGAAUCCUGGGACUAAUUACUAUACAGGGUACAAGGCAAUAAGCCUAAUAUACAGGGUUUAGCUGGCAUAAUAAACUGCAAGAACAAGCCUCAAGUAGUUGAUGAUUUAUCAGUCCAAACCUGGAUGUUGACUAGCUCUUCCAUGUGGGCACAGAUGGCUUCGUUAUCUAUGAGGAACUGUGGAUGGAACCGAACAUUGCAGUCAUCUCCAUUCCUGACCUUAGGCGGAUGGAACAGCUGAAGAUGGCUAACUGUAGGAGACUACCCUAAGGAAUUCUUUCAGGGAUGUCCUAGGGCGGGAUGAUUGACCUCCAACAACUAGAACCAUGUUCCUCUGUCUGGAUAUGACUACGGUCAGUGGAGAGCUUCCCACUAACUUCAGUUUUAAUAGGAUUCCAUGAUGGCACACUGGGUCAAAUACCACCUUGAUGCCAAGGGCAGCCACACUCACUCACCUAACCUCUGGAAUCCCGUUGUUAAUGUUUGGACCAAAGUUGUAAUGAGAUCUGGAGGUGAGUGGUCCCAAAGAAGCCCAAACUUAGAAUUGAUGGGCAUUUGUUGGUGAGUAAGUGCUGCUCAAUAGCACUCAACAACACCUUUCAUACUUUGCUCUGGUUGCAAGUAGACUGAUGGGGUAGUGAUUGGUUAUAUUGGAUUUGUCCUGCUUUUUAUGGACAUGACAUACCUGGGCGAUGUCAGGCCAUCUGGGCAAUUUUUCUCUUUGUCAAUGUUUUGGCAGCAAUGGAGCAGCUUAACCAAAGGGGCUGGCUAGUUUUGGAGCACAAGUACUAAGUACUAUAGCCAGGAUAUUGUCAGAACCCAUAGUCUUAGUUGUAUCCAGUGCGCUCAGCCAUCUCAGGAUAAAAUGUGGAAUGAAUUGAAUUGGCUCCAAGAUGGUGAAAGUGUCAGGAGGAAGUCAAGAUAGAUCAUCCACUCAGCACUUCUGGCUAUGGAUGGUUGCAAACACGUCAGCUUGUCUUUUGCACUCUCAAGUUGGGUUCUGCCAUCAUGGAGAACUGGGCUGUCUAUGGAGUUUCCUCCUCCUAUAGUUGUUUAAAGGCCCACCAUCAUUCACUGCUGGAUGUGGCAAUACUGUAGACCUUUGAUUUAAUCCAUUGACUAUAGGAUCGCUUAACUCUGUCGAAAGCAUGCUACUCCUGCUGUCUGGUGUGCAUGUAGCUCUCGUUUGUACCUUUGGCAGCUUGGCACCUGGCGCUGUCUUGUAAUGCUUUUCUAUACUUCUCAUUGGACUAGGGUUGGUCUCCUGGCUUAAUGAUAAUGGUGGACUGAGAGAAAUGCCAGGCCAUGUAGUUACAUGUUAUGGUGGAGUUCAGUUCUGCUACUUAGGACCCACAGCACCACCUGAAUGCCCAGUUAGAGCUGUUAGAUCUAUUCUGAAUCAUAUCACAUUUUAGCACUGUGGUAGUGUGACAACUAAGAUGGAGGGUCUCCUCUAUGUGAAGAGUGGACUUUGUUUCCACAAAGACUGCAUGUCACUCCUACCAGACGGAUGCAUCUGCGAUAGAUAGAUCGGUGAGGACGAGGUUAAGUGAAUUUUUCCUAUGUGUUGACUCAUCACCUGCCAUGAGCCUGGUGUCGCAGCCAUGUCCUGCAGAACUUAACCAGCUCAGUCAGUAGUGAUGCUGCUGAGCCGUUUCCAGUGAUGGAUAUUGAAGUCCUCCAGAGUAUAUUCUGUGUCUUUGCUACUCUUAGUUCUUUUUCUAAACAGUGUUUAACGUGGGAGUACUGAUUCAUCAGCUGAUGCCAUGAGACUUCAUUGGUUUUAGAUCAAUGUUCACUUGACCACUCCAUUCUGACUGCUUACAUGUGCCUCUGGGACAGGGUCUGUUUACAGUGUGCCAGUAGGGCAGGACAUAUCCAGGGAAGGUGAUGGAGAAAUCUGGGACUUUUACUGAAAGGUAUGUUUCUGACAGUAAUUCAGGCUUUUGCUUGACUAGUCUGUGGGACAGCUCUCCCACUUUUGUCACAAGAUCCUCAAUGUUAGUAUUAGUUAACUGAGCCGAUCAGAGCAAUAGAAUCCCUGGUUCAAUUGAUGGUUUGUGCUUAAAUGGGUAAACUCAGCCAGAGCAGUGUCAAGUUCUGCCUUACUACCCACUCAGUUAAGGUAAAUCUGGCCAGGACCCAUAGCUGAUUGUUAUCCAGUGGCCCCUGCUCUUGUGUGCAUGCAUCUGCUAAUAAUGUAUGUUUCAGUGAUGCUCCUUUUCUUUGAUUUCCCCCCUUACCACCACCAUCUCAGAGGAUUUCACCUGCCCAACUUAUUGAAGUUUACGUUUGGAGAAGAUUAAUUGUGGGGAGUAGAGGCCUGUGGCAACAUUUUAUUGAAGAAAGCAAAUUACCUGAAACAUCAAUAAUGUAAAAUCCAGCCAUUUAAGUUCAUCACACAGCUUCAUCAAAAGAACUGCUGUUUGUAAUUUUCAUACUCAUUCAUCAAUACCUUUUUCGAGGGGAGGCACUGCACAAAAACAUUUCCAGCUGAAAUUUUAUAAUAUUACAGAGAAUUUCAAACCCUUGUGUUGAUGAGUAUGAAUUGUCCUGAUAAAAUGAGUACGUGCCCUACGUUUAACACUUUGCUUAACCUACAUGGGUUGAAAGAUCAAAACAGGACAUUGCAAAAAAUAAUGAACAGUUCAAAGAAAGUGUUGACUUCACUGAUGAUCUUCAAUUUCUUUUAAGAAUACUUGAUCAUUUUUUGAAAAAUUAGUUAUCAUAUAGGUUUGGAUUUGAGAUUCCAGGGGUGAAAGCACAAUGUGAUAAUCCACCUUGUCACACACAGUAUGGUUUGAAGUACCUUUACAUAAUAUACAUGAUUCUCAUUGCAUUGGUCAACUUAUAAUUGGGUUGACAAAAAUAACAUUGCUUUAAGCUCCUUGUAAAGUUCUCAUAAGCUCAGUAAUAUAUUUUGUCAAUCAGCCUUAAAGGACAUUGGUAACCUAACGUUAAGUUUUUUUUAUGUUUUCAUUGGUUUAAAAACACAACUGUGGAGUUGAGUAUAGUGUCACACUGCAAUGUCCUUUUGUAAACAUACAUGUGCAUGUGUAAAGUCUGCUAAUUAAUCCAGUUUUUUUGUAUUUUCUUGUCAAACUUCACUUCAAAAUAUGUUCAUUGAGCCUCUUGUAUAACUACUGGAUAAUACUGUAUAUGCUGAAAGUGCAUUUGUUUGAUCUUCUAAUUUCAGUUGGAGAUGAGUAUUAAAACCUGGAGCACAAAGUUUAUCUUGGAUGCAUAAACAUCUAAAUUUAUAUAUGUAGCCAAAACAUUCUAAACUUGGGAAAUUUCUCACGGCUUUUUUAUUCUGAGAAGGAUUUGGGAUGUCAGCUGAUCAAAACUUUAAAAACAGUAAAUGAAGUAUCAAUGUUUCUUUAACUUUAUUGCUGGCUUUGUUUUAAGCAAACUGCACAAAAAUGUUUUAUUGCUUAAAAUAUAUUUCUGGGUGAAAUCUUUUUUUAACAUCCAAAUAAAAAAAUUGAAAUAA